AUGGUUAAAAUACUAAUUUUGCAAUGUUGCACAUUUCCCGGAUUACGAUUUUCGCAAGAAGUUGGCCUAACAAAUGUUGGCCCCGGUGAAGCGAUCACCGGUGGUGAAGUAAUUAGGGAUGGGCGACAAAUAAGUUUCGAUGUAAUAGCCAAUGUCCGAAAAGUGGUAGAUGCUAAUACACAUAUUGUUUCAUACGAAGUUACUGUACGGCGAAUGCAUUGUUUGCCGGAUCCACCGGAACCGGUUGUCAAUUUCGAAAAGGAUGCCAGUGAUGAAAUAGUGAAAGUGUUGACAAGAGGAAUCGAUCUUUCAACCUUCCGAAAAGAAAAAACGUUAAAAAAAGAGAAAGUGGAAGAAUUACAAGGCAGAAAAGCAUUCACAGAUCUUACCGCUCAUAAAACUGACGGAAAAAAACAGUACAGGAAAAUCGAAUCCGAUGAGAAAGGAAGUAUGAAAACAGAUGUGCCGAAUAGAAGUGAAGUAAUGCUAAAGAGAGGAGAAGCAGAUGUUAAAGCGGAAAUAGCACUGAAACCCGAUGUUGUUGCUCAAUCAUUGCCUAUUCCACUAAGUAGCCAAAGAUCAGAAAUUGGUUCAGGUGGUACUGGUAGCAGCUUCUCGAGUGAGAAUGGCAUCAGUUUUGCUAAUGCUAAUAACCCAAUAAUUCAGGGAGAACCAAAAGCAUUUGGUCAACAACAAGUAACUGUAUUCAAUGAACAACCACCACCCCAGCUACCAUUACGAGAACCGGAAUUUGGCUUUGAAUCCGUUCAAAAGCAAAUACCAGGCCAAAAUGUUCAACCGGAACAAAAUUAUAAUCACCAACCAUGUGCAACACAAUGUCAACAAACAUCAUGCUUCUUACGGAGAUGCAACCAGGGCUUAGAUCCAGUUUUCGGGAUUCCAACAUUUGCUCCACCGCUCUUUCCACUAACCUUUCCCACCUUACCCACACUUGGCUUUCCAACUGUAGCACCACAAACAUUUCAACCAUUUAUAGGUCAUACUUAUCCUACCAUAGCUCCACCACCCUCGCAACCACCACUUCAUCCCCUUUCCGGUUAUUUCAAUCCAGCUAAUUCCGGCCAUGUUACUUCAUUUAAUUCACCAACAUAUUUUCCCACUACUGAUACUAAAAGAAAUGUUAACGUGAAUGGAAGAUUUACGCAAUUGUCAAUCUCUCCAAUAACUUAUGCUUCUACUACACCUGCUUCCAAUGCAAUUUCAACAGAAACCUCAACGGUACUUUCCGGCAGACCAGUUCUUUUUUCCGGUAAUCAGGCCUCUCGUAGCCAAAUUACAUCAAAGCCGUUAUCAACAUUUGAAGAAUUCAUGGCAAGACUUGGCUAUCAUAACGUAAGCCUCGCUACGCUGGCACCAGCCGGAGCAUUAGUAUUUCCGUCUGAUUUCACGGUGGCAACUCCAUUUCCUCCUCUUUCACCUUUAUUAUAUGCUGCAACUACUGCUCCUGAAAAUUACGUGCAAAUGUUCAUUCCAAAAACCGGCGCUCAACCAUCUCAACCGGAUCAAUACCGUCGUUCGCCUGUAUUGUAUGCACCACAACAAUGGUCACGAACAGAUUUAGAUGAUACAAUGCUACAACGAACAAGCUUACGACAGUUUUGA